GGGUUUUUUGCCAAAAAAGAACAUUAGGAUAAUUGGGCGCUUGUGCGAUAAAUUUGCUCACACUCUGUGACUGGUCUUUCAUGCAUCCUUGACGUCUUGCCUCACAACUAUUCACCUUUCGACGUCUGCACAUAGAUUGCACAUAUACUUUACACAUGUCCACUUCUUCGGUUUCAAGCUCUCCUCUUAGUUCGUCGUCCACUCAAUCGAAGGGCCUUCUUUCGUCCUUGAUAGUGUCUCCGGAGGUUGCCUCAUAUUUUAUCGCUGGCGGGUGUGCAGGGGCUGCUUCGAGGACUAUAGUCUCUCCCCUUGAACGGUUGAAGAUAAUUCAGCAGGUUCAGCCCCGCACAUCCGAUGCACAACCCUACAAAGGCGUCUGGCGUAGCUUGGUGCGGAUGUGGAAAGAAGAAGGCUUUAGAGGAUACAUGAGAGGUAAUGGAAUCAACUGUUUACGGAUAGUUCCGUAUAGUGCAGUACAAUUCACAACCUACGAAGAACUCAAAAAGUUUUUCACCAAACAUGGAUCAAAAGAAUUGGAUACACCAAAGCGACUGGCCAGCGGUGCCUUGGCCGGAAUCACAUCUGUCUGUACUACAUACCCCCUCGACAUCGUCCGCGCUCGUCUCUCAAUCGCGACAGCAAGUAUACCCAUCACUAAGUCACAAUCACCAAUCACCAAUUCGACGUCAAAUCUCAAGCCCUCUACACAAAAUACGUUUCACACUUCAUCUCAUCCGUAUACAUCGCAAGAGCUGACUAUGUGGGGCAUGACGAUGAAGAUUGUGCGGGAAGAAGGCGGAAUCCGUGGGUUAUAUCGCGGACUUGUGGCUACAGCCUUUGGUGUAGCACCGUACGUAGGCAUAAACUUCGCGGCAUAUGAACUGUUGCGUGGUAUCAUAACUCCACCGGGACAAAACUCUGUAACGCGGAAGCUGACAUGCGGUGCUCUUGCGGGUUCAAUCUCACAGACACUCACUUAUCCAUUUGACGUCCUUCGUCGAAAAAUGCAAGUCACUGGUAUGAAAUCCAGCGCGCUAGGAGUCAAGUAUACCGGUGCUCUGGAUGCUUUGGUUGGCAUUGUGCGCACGGAAGGAAUUCAAGGACUGUAUAGAGGGUUAUGGCCUAAUCUUUUGAAAGUCGCUCCAAGCAUUGCAACAUCGUUCUUCACUUAUGAAUUGGUGAAAGAGCUUUUGAUCUCGACUUGAGAACGCUCCUUAGUCUUCGUUGGGCUAUAUACAUACUAUCCUUACUAGUACAUUACCAGGAUUUGUUUUAUACUUAUAGAAACUCAGGAUUAGCUUGGGAUACAUGUAUACCAUGUAAUAGUAACCUAGAAUUAGCGCCGAAACUCAGGGCUGGCAGAAAAAUAGCACAAUGAUAAUCAUUUUUAUUAUUCAUA